ACGUACGCACACACUACACAGCACAAACAGUGCAUAACACAACACAACCGCUGGUGCAGGUAUCUGAAGAAUGACAUGAUGAUCAUUCCACUGGAGCUGUUCCCUCUGAUCGCGUCGUUCUGUGAUAUCAAUACCCUCAGAGCACUCACUGAGAGCAGCAAGGACAUACGCCGUGUUACACAUAAGCAUGAUUUAUGGACGCUGGCCUUGGAAAGAGACCGCUUUUCCUGGUGCAGCUAUUGGUUUAAGCCCGCUCUGUUGAAGUAUGCCUACGAGCACCGGGAAUCAAAAGUAGCUAUCCUGGCCGACAUUGCGUACAGACAUAAGAAAAUUCCGUUGGGGCUGUUGCAACGAAUUUGUGAUCGCAUUGGGGAGAUCAACAUGUAUGAAAUGUUGACAUACGCCAUCAUCUCCAUGGACAACACGUUCAAGAAGCUGAUGAUUGUUUACGAAGAUAUCCUGUGGAGUAUGUCGCGACGUGAGUUUGAGUUCUUUGUCCCAAGAAUCAUAGAGGAGGGUGAGGGUACAGGCUACUAUCGUAUAAAAGCUGUGCUAGAUGCCAUGAACUUGCACCGCAUCGAGGUCGACAACCACGCGCACACAGCGUAUCUGUAUGCGUGUUGCAGCUUCAGCAAGGAUUCCGCUGAGUACCUAAGCUCACUCGAUGGAUACUCUGAGCUGAAGGGCCAUGAGGAUUACCUGACUUUGUGCAAGCUAUCGUCGAACUAUAUCGAGAGUGGCUCCAUUGUAGUUCUGCGCAGUUUCUGCAAGCGCGUGGUGUCCUGGACGAAUGAAUUCAGAUUGUAUGACCACACAAAAACCCUUAUACAAGACAUUAUUGUACAUGCUCGUAAUAAUAAGCAGUACCCGCAUAUCGAGUGCAUAUUGGAUGUACUGAAGAAUUGGACACCCCCUAAGGAGACCAGUGGUGAAAUGGGCGUUGCGCUGUUAAUAACGGCUAUUGAAAAGUAUGUGAAAGUAGAAGGCCAAGAUAACUCCGAAUGGUACCGUGAAAAAACGUGAUGCAGGAUUCUGAUGCACAUCAGGAAUGAAGCUGGGGUGCGGUGUUAAGAAACUGGUGGAUGUCUCAUUUCAAUUCCAGAAAUAAAAUGAUGGU